AUGCUUGCCGUGCGCUCUCGACGUUAUCGAUCGUCGACUUCGGCUUCGACCGUCCAAACAUCGAAAGCCGCCGAGGUCCUCCAGCGUCUGCUUCGACAACUCUCCGAGACAGCAAACUCCCGCUCUGCCGAUGGGUACCCCGAAAUCGAGGAUCUGCUCGAGCAGAUCCGCCAGAUACACCAGCACGUUGCUGCCGCGCAACCGCCUUCCCAACCUCAAGACGACUUUCGACACUUGAACGGCUUCCAGACCCUCCUCGAAGUUUUGCGAUCGUUCUCGGGCUUUUAUAACAUACAAAAAAGAAGCAAAGACGAGAGGAGGGGAAUAUUUGAUUUGCUUCACGUCAUUCUGGCGACUGUCUCUGCCGCAUUCAGGGGCCAUCCGGGAAACAGGAGGUACUUCCAAGAUAGAGUCGAUGGCGGAGGAUGGGAGUCUCUGGAACAAAUAAUUGCCAGCAUUGGUGUGGGAGGCGGAGAAUCAGACUUGUGGACAAACUGUCAAUUGUUUGGGAAGCUGCUAUCGUUCGCCCUGGACGACCAGCGGCUUGAUGAGCUCUGUCGUUCUGUGGCUUCGUCCUCGACGGCAUCUCGGCCUACAUCCGCCCCUGGGACGGAGGAUCAAGGAGAGUCACCGACACUGAUUGGGGACAAUACAAAAGAGAGCCAGGGCCAGCUUGACAGUUUAGAAGCUAUCGAGGCCAGGCUUGCACAGAUUCUAGGGCCCAACACGGUGGUUCAGAAUGCCGAGAUUAUACGGACGGUCGUGGGCUUUUGGGAAUCAAUACCGAGAACCAAAGGGGCACCGCCAGAUUUGGCUUCGAUGAUCGUCUUGAUAACGCUGUCGUCUGUUGGUUCGGCCUCUCUUUUCAACCUCACGGCAUUACAUGGAACCGGCAUGCUCUCCAGACUAUUGCGACUGCUGUUCUCUAGUGAGCGCAUUCUUACCGAGGCCGAGACAAAAAAGGCGUUGCCCCUGAGCAAAUCGCUCAUGUACCUUGGGGUAGACCAGCUGGCUGAUGCGCAGUUUUUACUCUGCAAUCGGGACGAGGAUGUCUCUGAAUUUUGUCUCGACAUGACGGAAAAGAACAACGGGCCACCUUUCAUCCAGUUUGACCUGUCACUUCACGGUCAUUCUUCCGUUGAACUGCCCAACCUCGGGCGACCUUUUCCACCCCAUUCGUCAGCCGGAUACACUUUUGCUGCCUGGGUCCGUGUCGACAGAUUCGAUCCCCAUUCGCACACCACACUCUUUGGAGUAUUCGACUCUACGCAGACCUGCUUUCUGCUGGCUUACCUCGAGAGGGACACCAAAAACUUCAUUCUGCAAACAUCUGUUACCUCGUCCCGUCCCAGUGUUCGGUUCAAGACAGUUUCUUUCAAGGAGAAGCGGUGGUAUCACAUGGCCAUCGUGCACCGCCGGCCCAAGGCACUCGCUGCAAGCAAGGCCAGCCUCUAUGUCAACGGGGAAUUUGCAGAGCAGAUACGGUCGGCUUAUCCAAACCCACCUCCCAUCUCCAACACGAGCACUGAGAGCUUCGCUUCGUUUGCGUCAAGCAGUCACAAAACAAAUCCAGUACAGGCAUUCCUGGGCACACCCCGUGAUCUUGCGACCCAGGUUGGCCCUGGUCUUGUGCAUUCGAAAUGGUCCCUUGCCUCUGCUCAAAUGUUUGAGGAUGUCCUGAGCGAUGAUUUUCUUGCGGUGCAUUACCGACUUGGACCACGGUAUCAGGGUAACUUUCAAGACUGCCUUGGAGGGUUUCAGACGUAUGAGGCCUCGGCCGCUCUUGGACUCCGUAACGAGCUGUUCCAUCCCGGCAAGGAUGAGAACUCGGAUAUCCUCAGAGCUAUCAGAGAUAAGGCUAGCUCCAUUGUGCCCGAACAGAAAGUAUUGCUCAGCAUUCUCCCUAGGGCGGUGUUCCGUACCGAUGGCAAGUUCAUGGACUCGUCGCUCUUUCGGUCACUGUCGAGGAACUCGGCCGGCAGUUUGUUCCAUACUACCACUAAGACGGGAGUCCCUGUUGCGAUCAACGCUGCUGUUCCGUGUAUCAAUGAUGCGCUAAUCAGAAUGAACGGAGUAUCGCUUCUCGUUGGCGACCCAGUCUUGACCACGCCGUAUCACUUUGAUGACAAUUUCUGGCGACUUGGUGGCUUCACACCUGUGGUGCUGAAGCUAGUUGAGCGCGCCACAACCCCUCAGGAUCUCCUCCGGUCUGUCGAGAUGACCUUUCAUUGUAUCGAAAAGAGCUGGCGAAACAGUGAGGCCAUGGAGAGGGACAACGGAUAUGCUAUCUUGAGCAUGCUUCUGCGGGCCAAGCUCGGAUACGGAAUUCCGGCUUCAGACAGCGUCUCACAGUCGUGGCGGCUUGCCGUCACGAACGAGGCAAGAGACAGGCUCAGCUUCCAGCUCUUGAGCUUGGUCCUCAGCUUCGUGGGUUACAAACAUGCGGACCCCAUCGAAUCAUUUGUCGUGAACCCUCUCGCUUAUCGUAUUCUCCUCAUCGACCCCGAUACCUGGCGCAAGGCGGCCCCGAUCACCCAAGAACUCUAUUACAAGCAGUUUGUGACCUUUGCCGUGAAAAGCAAGCACCACCAAUUCAACAGCAAGCGGCUGCUCAGAAUGCGCAUCAUCAAGAGGCUGCUGGAUGCUCUCAAGGCCGAGACCAUCUCGGAAGACAUCCUGCCUCAUUUCAUGGCCUCGUUUGAGAGUCUGGUCAAAUGCAAUUUUAAUGCAGAGGUUCACCGUUCUCUUGCCCUUUUCAUCACCUACGCCUUCCAUACCCCUGCUGGCUCCCUGCCCCGUACUCCCAAACCUAUAUCCAGAGCAGGGACGCCUUCCCUGAGCAACUUGAGAAGACCAGUCCCGGUUGAGACGGGAACGUCCUCCUCGAACGGCCCCUCAAGAUUACUUACAAAGAAACAAUUAGGCAUCAAGUUCCUAGAGAUGUACACACGGUUUCUCUGCGAGAAAACCAACCCGGCUGACAUCCGCAAGUUCGCCAAGACAGUAACAAAUAAGGUGAUAUUCGGUGUCGACCCAAAGAGAUUCCCGAGGCCAUAUGUAGUACUGACGCCCUUGCAGUGGCUCCUCUACCUGCUUGCGGAGGACGAUCCAGAAAUCGUCGUCCACGGAUGCAAGAUUCUCGCCCGCCUCAUAGUGUCGCAGCCGACAGCGUACACAACCAAAUUCUCUACUAGGUCUGGAGGGUUUCACAUCAUGGCUCACCGCUUGAAGCAGUGGUGGGACAUUGCUACUCUCUGGCCGAUCCUGUUCAGUAUCCUGUUUGGGUACGACGUUGCGAAUAUCAACUUUGGCAAGUCGUUUGACUUUUUCAGUCUCUUGGAAAUAUUUGGGAAUCGACAUGUGGUUUUCCCCGAUGUGCUGCCGGUUAUCAUCUCGAUGCUGCAGCACGGGCUGAGGGAUAUUCUCAAGUAUCAGGAUGAUCCGGACUCUCCGCAUGGAGACUGGGAGACGCCCAGGAGUGGUUCGGAAGGUCUUGCUGCCGUCCAGACGCGUCCAAGGGCUCGGUCUAUGGAACUGGGCCAGGCUUUGGAGCCGCGGAGUAUGUCUCUUUCUUGCCUUUGCUCUGGAUCUUCGCUGACAUAUUGUCUAGAAACACGCCUGCCUGACAAAGAGAGGGUCUCGGCUAGUGUUGGAGUUCUUCAGACAGUUGUCCGCUUUUUGUCAGACAUGCACAGUCGGUCGGCCAGCUUCAGAGAUUUUGCCCUCAACUCUGACUACGUUCGCCUCCUUUUCUCGGCAUUGUACCCCAUCAUCGUCAGCGCGGAUCCCGUUACCCCCGAUACUGAGCUCAACUCCAAGGACUCGGUCCUCACAUUUGAGGGAGGCGACGUGCUUAUCAGGCCGGUUCCCGGCUCUUCGACUACGGCCACUCCAAUCAUUCGAACCGCAAACGCAGGACAAAUGGACGGGUCACCGUCGUCUGUACAGGGUCGCGGUACUCCUCUGCGGCGACCUUCCUCGUUCAUAUUGGUGGCAUCACAACAGCAGCAGCCACUCUCCCCACCCAUCCCCGCUCGUCUCAGCCAUGUCAUGUCGCCAAAGAAGCGGGUAAAUACGCAGAAAGUCAGCAACGUGGUACUCGAGGGAGUGCUGGAGCUCAUCAUCAACGUCUUCACUGAUCAGCUGCUCGUCCGAAAGGAAUUUCCUGGUUUUGGUCUCUUCUUGAAGGUUCCUCCCGGCUUUCAGGAACAUCAGGCCUACUUUGAGACGUAUGUUCUUCGUAAUAUCAUCACCCACCUGAAAAACACCAUUCAGCUCGAGCAAAAGACCCUUCUCGAGCCGAGGAUUCUGCAGAACAUGUCUCGGUUGAACAUCCACAUGGUGGAAGCGAUCUUUGAAGGGUGGUUCAUGAAUGGAGCAGAGACGAUGAUUGACUUUGCCGGGACUUUGCUGGAGUACCUGCUGCGACCUGACAUCUCGUCUUUGAAGAGCGUCCGUCUUUGCAGCUCGGCGGUGGCAACGAUCAGGGCAUGCUUCUUGAAGCUGACGCUUUUGCGGCUGUCGGACAUGGAUGAUCCGCAGUGCCAGGAUGCGGAUGCUGUUGCUAGUAUGGGGCAGCUGAUGUACUGGCAGACUGUGCUGCUCAACUGUCUGCAGGUGGAGGAUGAUUACAUGAAGCUGUUGUGGUAUCAACUUUACAACAAGCUGGUUGAUCCGAGAGAGCAAGUUCGGAUGAUCGCUGCGACGGUGUGGCGGAUCAUGCUGGUGCAAAAGCCGGAGGAGGCCUCGGUUUUGUUCAGGCAGAUCAUGACGCCUGAUCAGCAGCAUCUGACGAGGGGAUUCAGAAAACUGACUGAGCUGGAUGACAAUGCGUUUUUGGAAUGGGUUGAUCAGCAUCGGCCUUCGUUGGAUGUGUUGUUUGUCGGGGGGAUUUCCAAGACGUGGGAGGAGUUUGUUGGUGGGGAGAAUCAGCGGUACAAUGACACUGCGAGGACGAGGUUGAGGAACCGGAAGGAGAAGUUGAAGCAGUGGCAUGCUGAGUUGAGGGAGAGGGAGAACGUGCUGCUGAGGCAUGAGAUGGCGAACAGCGCGUGGAUGAAGAGUAUUUACUUCACUGAGCACUUCAAGUACCAGAGGCACUUGCAAGACCAACAAGAUGACAACGCGUUCUUGGCGUGGACGUUUAGCAAGAUGGACAGGGACUUGAGGAGGCCGGGAGCGGUGUUUGCGGAGAGGCAGGAGAUUAAGUGGAAGCUGGAUCGGACGGAGGGGAGGAACAGGAUGAGGUUGAGGUUGUUGCCCGAGUAUCCUGAUCAGCAUAGGGAGUAUAGGCCGAAGAGGGGGGAUAAUUCGGGUCUGAAGCUGAAUACGGGGUUGGCUGUGGGUCGACAGUCGAGCAUUGGGAUAACGCCGGCCAGUUCGACGCCGCCGAUCGAGGCUGGGGAGGAGGAGGAUACUGCUGAGGAAGGGGAGGAGGUGGUGGAUGGGAAGGGGUUGGAUCGGCAGGGGGUGACGCCGGAGGAUGACUUUGAGCUGGUGGAGGAUCCGAAUGAUCCGGAUGGGGAUGAUAAUUUUGAGGACAAGAACAGGAAGGUGAUGAGGAGGUUGCAGCAGGGGGAUUCGGUGCAGAAUGUCUUCAACAUUUCCAGGAUCAUUGGGCUGGAUGCCUCGGAGGGGAUCUUGAUUGUUGGGAAGGAGGCGCUGUAUCUCAUGGACAGCUUGUUUCAAAGUGCCGAUGGCGAGAUCAUCAACGUAUGGCAAGCACCGCCGGAGGAGCGAGAUCCGUUUUCCAUCAUCAUUGCUGGCAAGAAGGCGGAUGAGGCGCGCCAGGAGCAGAGCCGUGCUGGUUCGGAAUCGCGCAGCUGGAAGUGGCGGGAAGUUCUGAUGCUGUCCAAGAGACGGUUCCUCUUCCGGGAUGUGGCCAUCGAAAUGUUCUUCACUGAUGGCCGCAGUUAUCUGCUUACGGCUAUCAACUCGACGAUGAGAGACGAGAUUUAUGCCAGGCUUACCGCCAAGGUGCCGCAUAAUAGCAACCCGAGUUUGUUGCCGAAUCCGGAGGAUGCCUGGAGAUUGGAGGCUCUCAAGUUCACCGAGGAGGCACCGCAGACGCUGGGGGCCAAGUUUGGCAGCAUUUUCAACUCGUCGGGGUGGAACCCGCUGAUGAAGAGGUGGCAGAAGGGAGAGAUAUCCAACUUUCACUAUCUGAUGCUGGUCAACACCAUGGCGGGCAGAACGUUCAACGAUUUGACGCAAUAUCCGGUUUUCCCGUGGGUGUUGGCGGAUUAUACGAGUGAGGAGCUGGACUUGAAUAAUCCGGCGACGUUCAGGGAUUUGUCCAAGCCGAUGGGCGCGCAGAAUCCUACUCGGGCGGCGGAUUUCAACAUGAGGUACAAGAGCCUGGCCGAGAUUGGGGAGACGCCGUUUCAUUAUGGGACGCAUUACUCGUCUGCGAUGAUCGUGUCGUCGUAUUUGAUUCGGUUGCCGCCGUUUGUGCAGUCUUACAUACUGCUGCAGGGUGGGACGUUUGAUCACCCUGAUCGGUUGUUUUUCUCCAUCGAGGGGACUUGGACGUCGUCGUCGAAGGAUAAUGGGUCGGACGUGAGGGAGCUGAUUCCUGAGUUCUUUUACCUUCCGGACUUUUUGACGAAUGUCAAUGGUUACAACUUUGGUGAACGCCAAGGUGGCCAGGGGAAGGUGGACAAUGUCAUCCUGCCCCCUUGGGCCAAGGGCGAUCCCAAGAUCUUCAUCGCCAAACACCGUGAGGCUCUCGAGUCUCCGCAUGUGAGCCAGCACCUCCACAAAUGGAUCGAUCUCAUCUUUGGGUACAAGCAGCGCGGAGAAGCCGCGGUAGAAAACUUGAAUGUCUUCCACCAUCUCUCUUACAAGGGCGCCAGAGAUUUGGAUGACAUUGUCGACCCUCAGGAACGUGCCAUUACCACGGGCAUCAUCCACAACUUUGGCCAGACCCCCCACCAAGUCUUUACUCGGCCACACCCCGCCAGGGAAUACGACCGCUGCCCGAUCAAGCGGUUGGACACCUCCAUAUCCGCCCUGACUAAACUCCCCUACCCGCUGCUGGAAAGCCACGAACGGGUGUCGUCAUUGAUUUACGUCCAGAAAUACGACCGGCUGCUUUGCGCCUCCCCGUUCAGGAUCAACCUCCCCCCGUUCUACGACAAGUUUGUCGAAUGGGGUUAUGCGGAUAACUCGGUCAGGUUCUUCUUUAGCGACAACCGCCGUUUGGCGGGGCUGCACGAGAAUCUGCACAUAGGGCAGAUAUCAACCCUCACAUUUGCAGACAGCAAAACGCUGAUCACGGCCGGGGAGGACUGUGUCGUUUCUGUCUACAACGUGCAGACAUCACCCGGAAAACCGGUGGAACUGCAGCAGAGGUCGAGCUUAUUCGGGCACAAGACUCCGGUCACCAACAUCGCGGUGGCGAAGGCGUUUUCGACGAUUGUGACGGUAUCGCAGGAUGGGGUUGCGUUUCUUUGGGAUCUGAACAGGUUGGAGUUCAUCAGACGGUUGCCGAUGCCGAUGAGGGGGGUGGGACAGCAGGUCGAGUGUGUGGCUGUGAAUGACACGACGGGGGACAUUAUGGUUUGUGUUGGGCAGAGCGUGGUGUUGUUUACGGUGAAUGGGGAGGUGAUUUUGGAUCAGAAUGUAUGUGGUGGUGGUGGUGGGAGCGAGGGGGAGGUGACGGAUGAUUACGUGCAUAGCUGUGCGUUUUAUGAGGGGUCGGGGGGGAAUGAGUGGUUGGAGAAUCAGUUGGUUUUUACGGGGCAUAAGAGGGGGAGGGUGAAUAUUUGGAGGAAGACGGUUAGCAAGGAGGGGAGGUGGGUGCUGGAGUGGAUGAGGAGG